GUGUUUGCGUGGCAGCGUCGCCCCGCCCACUCCGUCCUCUAGUGCGUGCGCGUUCUCUGUGUGCCGUCGUCCGCGACAGUCAUGGCGGCCCCGGUCGCUCCGCUCGAUGAAGACUGGGAGGAUUUUAACGAAUUCAAAGCGGCCGAUUCACACAGCAGCUGGACCGCAGGACCGGAGAAUUCUCCGCAAACCCAACGCUUCGCAUCCUUCGACGAGACGCUGAGCGCGAGCUUCCCGUACUCCAGCAGCGCGUGCACGAGCGUCUCUGUGAGCGCAGUGAGUGAGCGCGAGCUGCUACGCGAUGACGAGAUAUGGAACACUUUGACGGAGAACUAUGGCAAUGUGAUGCCAGUGGACUGGAAAACCUCUCACAUGCGUUCACUACACCUGCCCACGCUGAACCUCCGACCUCAGGAGAGGGUGGAGGUCAAUAAUAUUGACGUCUCUGAUGACGAGGAGCUCAGAGAUCAGAUGGACAUGCACACCAUCAUCAUCUCAUGUGUGAACGAGGAGCCGCUGUUUACUGCAGAACAGGUCAUAGAGGAGAUUGAAGAGAUCAUGCAACAGUCUCCAGAUGAUGAGGAUCACGAGAGUCCGUCUCAGUUUGACCUCUCCUUGAUGUCGCAUGAGUUACACACACUCACACACUCCACAUCCAGCAGCAGCUACGAGGAGCGGUUGCGUGGUCUGUGCGUGUCUGAGCUGCUGGAGCGUCUGGAGGAGGUGGAGCGGCAGAUCCGUGGUUUCUCUGAGGAGCUGAUCGAUCAGCUGGCGGUGAGGGAGGAGCUGGACUAUGAGAAGGAGGUGAAGAACACGUUCAUCUCGGCACUCAUCGAUGUGCAGAACCGACAGAAAGAACAUCGAGAGCUGCUGAAGAAAAAGAGGAAGAUAAAGACCACAGGCGCCGAACAGAGAUCCAACCGCUCGCAUGUGCCAGGAACCUAUCUGACGACGGUGAUCCCGUACGACAGGAGCAGCGGAGCGCCGUCUGUAGAAGACCUGCAGAUCCUGACCAAGAUUCUUCAUGCCAUGCGCGAGGACAGUGACACAGUUCCUGCUCUUCUCACCGACUACAUCCUCAAAGCACUGGUGUGAGAGAACAGGUGACAGAGUGCUGUGUCCCACAUAGAGUUUCUGGAGCUGAAAACAGCUAAUAUCAUCGGUACGUCUGGCAUCUGAUCAUCUGCAUCUGUCCAGAUGAUGUUCUUGUCUAAUCAUGCACAGAAUUGACCCACCAGUGGCAUUUAUUUCUCAGUCUGAAUGUGUUUUGUUUUGUGUAGAUGUUAUUGUGUGUGGGAGCUUGAGUGCAGUAUUUAGUUUAUUUCCUAAUGCAGCUCACAUUUCACUUACUGUCAGAUUCCACUAGUUAUCACAGUCAUAACUCAUGCAUGUUUGCAUCAUAUUCAGUUUGUUUUUAGCGCAGAUCUAGAUGCAAGAUUUCCCUAUUUUGAUCUUUCCAUCAGAUGAAAUGAGAUUUAAGAUGCUGAUGGCUGAAAAUCAUAGAAUGAAAUGAUUUCAAUGAUGUAAAAGCAAUCUCUCCAGCAAAGGCAGGAACAAAUGUUUGUGUAGGAAAAGUUUAUGUAGCUGCAAAAUCUAAAGGUUUAUCAUAUCGGAAUGAAAUAGUUCAGUCAUGCUGAACAGAUUUAGUGGUACUUUUUGAAAACAACAAUUACUUCAUUGCCAGUUACUAGAUUGUCAAACUCUGUUUUUGUUCUGUUCGAACCAGCUUUCUAACAUUUCUCUGUAACAGUAUUAAUAUUGAGUUGAGGGCUGAACGGCACAAGUGUUUGCUACCAGUUGAAGUGAAAUCUGUGAGAUCUGAGCAGUGGAGGAAGGACAUGUUUGACUUAUCAGAUCUCUGGACUGGAUUUCUGUUUUAAGGUAUGAAGAGCUGAAACACUCAUAAAGAGAGAAACACGUCUGUCUGUCCUCACUAAGGUCCUGUAAGAAGAUUAAAUGAUUGUCUCUGGUUUAUUAGUUUUUGGAGGUGAUAUUUUUCUAUGUGUGGCUAUAAAAGCUGAAUGUCGUUAAUGGAUGGAGAGAUUGGGAUUUUGUUGAGUUUUGUAGAUGCUCAACUUUAAAGAAAUAGUUCACCCAAAAAUGAAAAUUUGCUGAAAAUCUCCUCACCCUCAGCCCUUCUAAGAUGUAGAGGAGUUUUUCUUCUUCAGAACAGAUUUGGAGAAAUGUAGCAUUCCAUCAUUUGCUCACCAAUGGAUGCUCUGCAGUGAAUGGGUGCCAUCAGAAUGAGAGUCCAAACAGCUGAUAAAAACACUGUAGUAAUCCACACCACUCCAGUCCAUCAGUUAACGCCUUAAGUGAUAAUGAUUGAUUUGUUUCCUACAAAGACACAGCUUUUCACUUCACAAGAUGUGUGGAUUAUUGUGAUGUUUUUAUCAGCUGUUUGGACUUUCAUUCUGACGGCACCCAUUCACUGCAGAGGAUCUGUUGGUGAGCAAGUGAUAUAAAUGCCCUGAGGUUGAGUACAUUUUCAGCAAAUUUAAAUUUUUGCAUGAACUUCCUUUUAAAGGACUAUUUCACUCUAAAAACCUGUAUGAUUUUAUUUCUUCUGUGCAUGAAAGAGGUUCAUAAGGAUCAUGUGCCAUAUUUCAAAUCUUCCGCAGCUGCUCAGUUGCUUUUUAUCUUUCAUUUUUGUUCCACGAAAGAAGGUCAUACCAGUUUGGAACAUGAAUUUAAAUUCUGAGUGAAUUAUUCCUUUAAACUCAAAAGCAGUUUCUGCAUGUGAGGACUAAAGCAUCUCACAUGUCUCUAAAUCAGUCUGUUCUGUGGGCUGAAACUUAUCAAAAUGUUUGAUUAAAAGGUAGAAAUUGUUUUCAUGUUUGUAAAGAGUUCAGAAAGUAAAGAUGGCUGCAUGCACUUUCAUUGGUCUGAAAGGGAACGGUUUUGUAUAGCACGACGUUAGCGUGAAGCAUUGAACUACAGCUCUUGUUGGUGUCGUUGGGCGGUCGUGGCCUGAUUCUGAGAAACAUUAGCAGUGCACAUUAAAUCAGGGUACACAUACUAUAAUAACUUGAGAUUAUAUAUUUAUACAAGCAAUAAUGAAACGCUGCCUUUUUGAAUGCAUGAAAUUUUGUACAUUGAAACUGACCUUAUUUUUAAUGCAGCAUUAAUGGUCCAUUUUAUAAGCAAUGCAUUGUAUGUAGCAGGGCAGUUUUCAAAUAAAAACAUCUGUUCAUCAAA